CAGCGCUGCGAACUCAGACAGAGACUCCGUUGUUGGUGCGCUGCCCGUGUCUGCGGUUCUGUUUCCGAAGUUAUCAUUCUAUUUUUUGGCUCUUCUGUUUGAAUUGAUUCUAUCUUUUCCCGGCCUUGAUUUGCGCAAGAUCAGUGCUAUUGGGCUCUAGAGUGAAAAAACAUCACUGGACUGGAGAAGUGGAUUAAAAAGCAUUUAUCAAUUUUUUCUCCUCCGAACUCAAGAAAACCUCUGAUAUGGAUACCACUGAGGAAUAUGGAUACAUGCAGUUUGACUACUAUGAUGACAAUGACACUAUGUGCGAUUACUCCGAAUGGGAGCCCUCGUUCUCCCUCAUCCCCGUCCUGUACAUGCUCAUCUUCAUCCUGGGACUGUCAGGCAACGGUGUGGUCAUCUUCACUGUGUGGAAGUCCAAGUCGAAGCGCCGGGCGGCCGAUGUCUACAUAGGCAACCUGGCCCUGGCUGACCUGACCUUUGUGGUCACCCUGCCCCUGUGGGCGGUCUACACGGCGCUGGGCUACCACUGGCCCUUUGGCGCGGCCCUGUGCAAGAUCAGCAGCUACGUGGUGCUGGUCAACAUGUACGCCAGCGUCUUCUGCCUCACCUGCCUGAGCUUUGACCGCUACCUGGCCAUCGUCCACUCGCUGUCCAGCAGCCGGCUGAGGUCCAGGGGCACCAUGCUGGCCUCUCUGGGCGCCAUCUGGCUGCUCUCUGGCCUGCUGGCUGUGCCCACGCUCCUGUUCCGCACCACUGUGGAUGACCUCAGUAGCAACCGCACCAUUUGCGCCAUGGACUUCAGCAUGGUGACGCCGAACCGGCUGCACGAGUCGCUGUGGAUCGCCGGGCUCAGCCUCUCCUCCUCCGCCCUGGGCUUCCUCCUGCCCUUCCUGGCCAUGACCGUCUUCUACUGCUUCAUCGGCUGCACCGUCACCCGCCACUUCAACAACCUGCGCAAGGAGGACCAGAAGAAGCGCAGGCUGCUGAAGAUCAUCACCACCCUGGUGGUGGUCUUCGCCUUCUGCUGGACGCCCUUCCACGUGCUGAAGAGCAUGGACGCCCUGUCCUACCUGGACCUGGCGCCCAACACCUGCGGCUUCCUGCGCUUCCUGCUGCUGGCCCACCCCUACGCUACCUGCCUGGCCUACGUCAACAGCUGCCUCAACCCCUUCCUGUACGCCUUCUUCGACCUGCGCUUCCGCUCCCAGUGCCUCUGCCUGCUCAACCUGAAGAAGGCCAUGCACGGCCAGAUGAGCUCCAUGUCCUCCACCCUCAGCGCCCAGACCCAGAAGUCCGAGGUGCAGUCGCUGGCCACCAAGGUGUGAGAGAGCGGCGGCAGAGGUGGCUCCCACCUGUCAUGAACUCUGCAGGUAAACCGAGGACUUUUGAUGACCCUCCGUUUUUAAAGACAUUUUUUCAUUUGUUUGUGGAGAUGUGGGGGAGAAAAAUGAACGCCGGAGAACUGAGGUGAAGUGAACCGAAGAGAGAGUUGCGUUUCAGUUGACAUGCGUGCGCAUCUCCCACUAACAACACAACUGAUGCUACUGGAGGGGGAAAGAUGGAUUUUGAGGGGGGGCGGGAAGGGGGUGGGGGGUCCUGUGCCAGAGACUGUUUUUCUGCAGUAACUUACAGACGUUACGCGUCGCUCAGUCACUCUGGGACAAUCCUUUUCCUCCUGAGAUUCCAGAGUUGGGGCCAGCUGGCUGAGCUCACAGCUGCUGGAAUCUCCAUACACCUUUUUGACAGAGGUAAAAUGAUUUUUUUUAAAUAAGGAAGAAAAUACCUUUUUUUUCCUUGCUUUGUUCUUCAGGUGUUCUACAGGCACUAGUGAUACUGCAGGGGGGUAGGGGAGCAGAGCCCUGAACA